AUGUACAGAGGAACACAUGUGGAAGGGCGUCAUCUACAUGGUUGGGAGUGGGGUUCCAAUAAUAUCCAGCAAGAGCAAAUGGAGUGCAUCCCUACAAGAGAGAAGAGGAGGGUGAGUGAAGGGAGGAAGAGAAAAAAGAAAAAAAAAUUCUUUUUUUUUUUAAAUGUAUGUAAAUGUUUUAGACCCUGGGCUUUUCUGUUUCUGCUUCACCACCUCAUUUACUCUUUUUUUUUUUUUUUUUUUUUUUUGUAUUUGCACUCAUGGAUGUAUGUAUUAUCCGUGUGUAUUCUUUUGACUCUCACGUGUAAUUUGUUUUAUUUAUUUAUUUAUUUAUUUAUUUGCUUUCAACGUGAUUUCUUUUAUGUUUGUUUGUUUCUGUGCGUGUAUUCUUUUCUCUCUCUUUGGAUAUUUCGUUGUUGUUGUUUUGUCCUUUUUUUUCCCCCUUUUUUUAAAUCUUUUUUAUUUUUUAAUUAUUAUUAUUAUUAUUUUUUUUUUUUGCAUUGCGCGGACUUUUCGAAUUGUCUAGUGAAGAGGGUUUUUGCUGCUGUCAUCAACCCUUCAUGCAUGCUUCGCUCCUCCAUCGUGUCGACUCUCUCCACGAAUGCCGUGCUUUUAGAGUACCGCAAGCAUCACAAGCCACACAGUUCUGGAGGCAACACGUCACGGUCCUCGUCAGUCAGUUCGCGGCGUGCUCCUGACGGCGCAAUUGUUGUAUUGGAAAAUGAGGAAAAUGCCUCGGAUGAAUUUUCCGCGCGGGAGGCGAUGUCACCAGCCAUCAUGUCAGCAUCUGAUGAGACUCGCAUCGUGAAUACGAAAAAGAAUGGCGGGCUUGAAAAAGGCAACGCUCAGCAGCGUAUUGCCGUUGAUUGGGAUUGGGUCAACCAUGAGACGGAGCAACAACGGGUAAACAGCAGCAUUUCCAGUGUACCUUGUAUUAAUGACCAACAGGAAAACAUAAGUUUUUUGGAUGCUGUACGAUUGCUUAAAAAUGACAGAUAUACCUGGGAGCCUUAUGUUUCGGCACACAGAUUUAGUGAAAACAAAAAGAGCAACUGCCUCAUCUCGCUUCUUGAGCGCCUUAGAGACAUCUUUUGUUGGUGUAGACACUCUUAUUCGAGAGAUGGCAUUGUUAGUUCAGAUCCGGACUCCAUAUUGCACCAUGACACGGAAUUUACUCUGACACUACCCUUUGUGCCAUUUGACCACAGCUACUCCAUUCACCGACGAUUACUAAUCACCAUUUACCACAAUUUGUUUCGCCAGACGAAGAAUGGGUCUAGCAAUGUUGGCACUCCUCCCGGUGCGAUUGACUGGGAAGUGUUAGGGUUUCAAGGCAGUGAUCCAGCAACAGACCUUCGCUUUACAGGUAUUCUUGGUCUACUGCAGCUUGUUUACCUGAUUGAGUAUUAUAGGGAUUUUGCGAUGUUGUUGUGGAAUACCUGCACAAAUGGCGGCAGUGGGUUACUUGUGUACGAGGAGCUUCCGUUUGUGCUUGUAGGGUUUAAUUUUUCAGCCGUGAUUCUUGACAUGUUGAAGGAUAGUGGGUUCUAUACAGAAAUAACACGUCGGGCUCAGGCCCUUUUCUACAGUAAAACAAGGGCAAGUCGUCUUCCCAUUAUAAGCGAUAGUGAGAAGGCACUAGGGCGUGAAUUCCCACUUCUUUUUGUCUGCUGCGAGUACCAUGUUGGUUGCUUGUUCCUCUUCUGGGAGUGUUGGCAUGGCCUGAAGAUGCAGCGCGACGGAAAGCAACCAACCAUUGGGGAUUUUGGCGUUGUCAAGGCGAAAUUGUGCACAAAGCUAAAAAAAAAUGGUCCCCAGUAUGCUUUUGAUGCCUGUGCAAAGGCCGGAGAUCCCUUUAAUACGGCUUUACACGCAGAAUGCGCGGUGAUGCCCAGCGCGAUGCAGUUGUCGAAAGAUGAUGUGACUAUUGGAACCAACUGGCCCCAACCGCAGGAGGAAAGGGAAGGGGAGGAAUUGUGGCGGUCAGAGGGAAAAUAA